AUGGAGCAGAUUGAGACCCAGGCCACGGACCUGCGUUACCUCGCCCAGGCUCCCGUCUCUUUGAGCGACGCUGCAUCAGUCUACGACACCCCGGUGCCCCAGCACAGUCCUGGUUCCGCAUCUGUCGGAGACAAUUCCGCUCCAACCGCCACAGCAGUUGCAGCUCCAUACAGCAGCUCCAACAAGCGCAAAUCAGUGGAUGACGGUGCCAGCAAACAGACCAGGAGCAAAAGGAACAGAUACAUCUCCAUCGCCUGUAACGAGUGUAAACGACGCAAGAUCAAAUGCAAUGGUGAGACACCGUGCCAACGAUGCGGGAACCUCAACUUGGCGUGUCUGUACGCCCCCAACUGCUGUUCCAGCACUUUCAAAGACUCGGACGAAUUCAAGCAGGUCACAGCACAGAUCAGUCGGCUGCAGGAUGAGGUCAAUUGGCUGAAUCAAACCGUCAAAGCCUUGCAGGAUGAUGCUGCGCACCCGGCUCCCCCGACAGAUCGAUUGGCUGCCUCGAUAUCCUCCGCGCCUACGCCAGCCCAUAGUGGAGGCACCGUGCAUCGCCCUGAAGCUUUUUCCACCAGGCAAGGGUCUUUCAGAGGGCCGACGACCAUGGUAUAUAGCUUGGAUGUUGCGAACACGACAAUGGCAAACAUGGGGUAUAAGGUGUCGAAUGAGGGCGAUGACCUCCAGACUCAGCAAUUUUUGGAGGAUAACCAGCUGCCAAUGGUAGAGAAGUCCGGGCAGGCGAUUCCCGAUCCGUUGCUUGAAUUUGAGAGAGACGAAAUGGUUCGUCUAUGCCGGUUACACGAAGAGGAGGUUGGGAUAAUGUACCCUGUCCUUGACAUCCAAGCUGUCAUCUCUCAUGCUAAAAGCCUAGCUUCUGUGAUUGAAUCGCUGAAAAAUCAGCAACCGCUAGAAGCUCUGAAUGAUGAGAAGACGCUGCAGCUGAAGAUGGUUAUGUGUUGUGGGCUUGUUGUUGAGGAGCAUGGCCAUAGCGAAAAAGCUGCACGACUCUACAACAGCAUGGAAGCAGUUGUUAAUCGAAAGCUGAUGGCAGACACGAGCGAUGUAUCGAGUUUGCCACUCUUAGCGCUCCUGGCAGGCUAUCGCUUCCUGUCUAACGAUGAAGUGCUUUCGUGGAGAGUGAUGGGUCAGGUUGCCAGACUGUGUCUCGAGCUCGGGAUUCACCAGAGAAGCGGUCUGUUGGGCAUUCGCAAUGAACUGGACAGAAAAAAUGCCCUGAAUAGCUUUUGGUCUGCCUACGUUCUCGAUCGUAGGUGGGCCUUUGGUACUGGGCUGCCAUAUGUCGUACAGGAUGAUGAUAUCGACCCUCACUUACCGGUACCGGAGGAAUACCCCUAUUUAAUGGCUAUGAUUACAUACUCAAAACUAUGUGCCAAGGUCUGGCGUCAAGUGAUGCAUUUUGGACCAAUCCUGGCAAGAGAGUUGCGCCAAGAAGAGAUCGAGAAUCUUGAUAAAGAUAUUCUAAAAUGGUAUGAAACUGUUCCUGAAGAGGUCAAAGUUAGGAGCUGGGACAAGGACAGGCACAUGACAUUGACGCCCUCGUAUAACCUUCAACGUCUGCGGAUAUGGACGUAUUUGAGACUUAAUCAGAUUCGCAUUUGGCUAUACACGCCAGUGUUGCAUAGUGCUACUAGCAUUAUGGCCAACCCCAUACAAGCUCAGCGAGUUGUCGAUCUUGCCAAGGACACGAUCCGUUACCUCAACCAUCUCAACACAACAACAAAUCUUUACCGUCGCAUUCAGGUGUUUUAUAACCAGUUUUUGACGUCUGCCAUCGGAGUUGUGUUUCUUGCAUCUGUCCACGCGCCAGUGCGAUUUAGCGCAGUUUGUCGCGAAGAGUUCUACCUGGCCCUCGAGUUGGUGAAAGAUCUGUCCGCCAAGAGCUGGGUGUCGAAGCGUUUGUGGAGAACGAUACGGUCCCUCAAGGACGUUGCACCUCGAUUUGGCCUGAAUCCAGAUGACGAUCCUCAUUCCACAGCUGCUCUUGGCAUGAUUGGGCUUGCUCGUGGACAUUUGGAUUCUGGUUCUGGUAGACCCUCGCCCUUUCAACGGCCCUCGUUACCAGCUGGGCAGUUCCAACAGGGAGCUACGGUGGAUCAAAAUGGAUCAAUGAUACAAAGCGAGAUGUCUCGAAUAUUUGAAGGCUAUGUUGGCUUGAAUGGAGUACAAACCCCGGGAGGCGAGGAAGAGGAGAACUCAGGGUCUAAUGCGCCUGAAAUGCAAAGGUCUGAAUCAGGCAAUGGUACAUUCGGAGGUGACGGGACUGUCUUUGCUCAGUUCAAGGAAAUGUUUUAA